GUUGGGUUUGAGAGCUUCGGGACUGAUCUGCCUGAGGACGCCACUGAGGAGGAGGUCCUGGCGGUGGUGGAGGCGUACAACGCAGACCCCAACGUCCACGGCAUCCUGGUGCAGCUGCCGGUGAGCUGCCGCCAGCGCCUGGGUAAUGAGCGCGGCGCGCGGCGGCCGGAUGCGCGCGUGGGCGGCGGCGGGCCCCCGCCGGCCCGGGUCCGGUUGCUACGCGCCAAAGAGUUGCGGCCGCAGCAGCGGCGGCGGCGUGGCAGCUGCAGCGGCAGCAGCAGCUUGGGGCCACCCCUGGGCCGUCCAAGCGGCAGCAUGGGCCCGCCAGGCGGUUUCCGGCGGCGAGCCCGACCCUCCCUCGCAAGCACACUAGGAUCCAAGUGGGCGCACAGCCACUGCCCUCCCAGCCUCGCCCCGCCUUGA